AGAACGAACAUACAUAAAGAAAGGAGUCAAAAAAGACACGACUGCUAUUUGUUGUCGUGCACGCAAGCAUUGCUGCCGCAUCUCCGAUUCACUGCCGCAACCCAAACAAAAACAGAACAGAAGCAAGAAAACAAACAAACAAAGCAGCAAUAAAACACGCGGCAUUCUUAUCUCUGAAACGGCGUCUGAAGCAACGACAAACCAUAGCACCGAGUGUUUCUCUUCUGUCAUUACUAAGAGAAGAGGAAAGGAACAAAAACUUAGUGCUUAGCUUGCUGUGGUCUGCGCUGCCGAACAACAGCAUCAAAACUAAGAACCUCUAAUAUGUCUGCCGCGAAGAAUAGUAAGCGGUGUCACGGGGGCUUGAAGGUGUCGUUGAUUUGCCUUGCCGCUGUCUUUCUCCUUUUUCUUGGCUCCAGCGCGAGGCUUGCGGUGGCGCAGGAAAACGCUGUAGCCCCCGAAGCUGUCGUACCGACAACGGACACACCGACCGCCGUAGCAGCACCUUCUCAUGAUGCCUCUUCAGACCUUUCUUCGUCCCAGGAACCGCAACAGGACGAACCGAGACAGGUUUUAGAAGAAGAGCCAACGCUCGCCGCCGUGGCUGCAGCCGCCAUUGCGGAAUCGAAUCAGCAGAUCCAGGAGACACUCAGACCCGAAGCGGAAGACGCACAGCGCCUGCAGCUGGAACAGGAGGCGGCGCAGCGCGAGGCGCAAGUGCAUGCGCAAGAGGAAGCGACAGAACGUCUCGAAGCGGCGAGGCGUGCGGCGGAAGAGGCGCGGCAACUGCAGGAGAGAAGACAAGCGGAACAGGCCCGACAAGAGCGCGAUGCAGCCCUCGCAGUGGAGCGGAGGCGCGUAGCGGAGGAGAGGGAGGAGGAGCAGCGGCGGCGUCAGCAAGAGCAAGCACGGCAGGCACAGGAAGCGGAAGCGGAGGCGCAGGCGCGGGCACGAAUUGUAGAAGAAAUUCGACUCGCCGAAGAGAGCGGUGUUGCGGAGGCGGCGCAGCAAGCGGCGGAGGAAGCCGUGAGAGCCGCAGAAGAGGAGCGGAGAGCUGAUGAGGCUCGACUUGCCGUGGAAGCGCAGCGAAUACUGGAAGAGGAGGAGGAAAGACGAGCGAAGGAGGCAGCUCAGAUUGCCGAAGCAGCACAGGAGGCUGAGAAGGCGCGAGUGGCCGAGGAGCGAUCACGCCAGGCGAAGGAAGCUGAGGCAGCUCGGAUAGCGGAAGAGGAGCGUCGAACCGUGGAACAAGUGCGCCAGCAGGAGGAGGCGCAGAAGGCUGAGGAGGCGCGAGUGGCCGAGGAGCGAUCACGCCAGGCGAAAGAAGCUGAGGCAGCUCGGAUAGCGGAAGAGGAGCGUCGAACCGUGGAAGCGCGUCGUGUAGAGAGCGAAAAGGUGGACGAGGCGGGGCGGCUCGCUGCGGAGGCCCGCAAAGCCGAAGAGGUCCUCCUGGCGCAGAAAGAGCAGGAAAGACUUGAAGAGGCGCGGCGCGCGGAGGAGAGGCGACGGGCUACGAAGGAAAAAGAGGCGGCUGCUCGGCAACUUCGCGAACAAAAGGAGGAGCUGAACCGUCUACUAAGUCAGAGAGGGGAAAUGCUGCAAAAGACACGGGCAGAAAACAACGAGUACCGUGCCGCCGUCGCUGCGCUUGAGGCACAGGAGGCGGAUGAUCUGGCAGCCGUGCAGGAGCGCGAAAAGGCGGCUGCGCGUUCACUGCAGCAGUCGGUGGAAGGACAGCUAGAGACGCUGACGCGCAAUCUUGCGACGCUUGAUGAGCAAACGACGGCUAUUCGUACAUGCCUGAAGGAGUCCACAGCCGGCAACAAGCCGAUGGAAACGCUUCUUACCGAGCUCAACGCGUUCUUCAAAGAGGUGGACAACGCUGGUGGCGCCAUGGACGCCAUUGACGAAUCGACGCGAUUCCUGAAAAAGGCUACGAGGCUCGCUCGAAGCAGCAGAGACGACAGCGACGCUUCCUCCACUGCUGCAGCUUCUUACGAAGAGCGGCGCAACGCGUUAGCGGCGUCGCACAACUCUGCUAAUGCCCGGCUGCAGAAGGAACAGCUCGAGAUAGACGCACAAAUCGCGGAGCUCCAACAGAGACUCGGUCGUGAGGUGGAGACUGGGAAAUCGAACGAAGAGGUCGACGAGGCAGAGGUGACAGCUCCCAUUCCAACUCUUCCUUCCUCUUCAUCUACGCCCAUAGUCUCGUCGGAGAGUGGUUGGGAGGACGCUGAGGUCACCCCACCAACUCCUUCUACAAGGAAUGCCCCCGAGCCCACGCUUCACUCCGAUGCUGCUGGUGCCGCUGAUGGUGCUGUUACACCACCACCCUCCUCCUCCUCUGCUGCACCGAGGCCGGUAACACCACACCACGUUCCGGAUCUGCGCCAAAACCCGUCUCUCCGUCAGCUGAUUGAUACUCUCGUCCGGCAAGCGGAGGAGCGCGGUUACAACGUCUCCAAGUACGAGGUGCAUCACCGCGAGGACGGCGCCUUCUUUGAAGCGAAAGGUCAAGUGGAGAUUAUCGUGACGACGGUGCUUGUUACCCUCGUCUCUAUCAUCCAAACGCUGCGGUGGUGCCGUGGUGGCGCCGAAGAAGCCAACAGUGUGGUAGAAGCGACGAAUACGGUGACUCCUGCACUACAACUCACCAAGGACACCACAAGUGCUGCUGCUGCUGCUGCUGCGAGCGGUGCCCUCCCCAAUGCACCACCGCAGCGAGGCGGUCAGCGUGCUCCAACUGGGCCGCCUACACCUCAAAAUCUGGCCCCAUCGCUGCGUUCGUUGCCACCUAAUGCGGAGAGACGCGAUCCUUUCGAAGGUGCACCGCUGCGCCAGCGGCGCACACCCGGCAGCGAAUCUUCGUCGUCUCCCACGAGCAAUCUGGACCCGAUGCAGCAGCAGCCUCCGGACCUGCCGACGGGCGUUCCACCCAGACCGCCAUCUCCCACCGAUGCGCAGCCCACACAGCCGCCCAAAGCGUCGGUCGGUAAGCCGCAGCGGUUUGGGCUGGUGCCGACCUCCACGCAACGCCCGUCUGCGACUAGCCAGGGUGACUCCCCGAAUCGCUUCCCGGCUUCUCUUAACAACCCCUCGCUAGGGGGUCCGGUGCUGAGAGCGGCCGCGCCGCCUGCGGUGGGGAGCCAGCCGACGCCCCCACCACCGCGGCGCCGCAGGGAUGCCGAGGACUUUGAGCUGGAGAACCCGUUUCUGUCGCGAUGGUCCUAA